UGCUGCGCGGCGGCCCCGGAUUGCGGCGGCAGCGGCGGAUGAUGCAGCCCAGGCUGGCGCUGGUGCUGGCGUUGUGGCUCGGCGUGGGCUCCCGCCUGGCUCCAGGCCUGGAUCAGCCAACCCUUAGCAUCCAAAAAGAUAUCCUUACAGUAACUGCAAAUGAUACAUUAAAAAUUACUUGCAGUGGUCAAAGAACUGUGGAAUGGUUUUGGCCUAACAAUCAGAGCAGUUCUGAGAAACGUGUCACCGUGACAAACUGCAAUGACAGCCUCUAUUGUAAGAUGCUUACUCUGACAAAAGUAAUAAGUAAUGACACUGGGGCAUACAAGUGCCUUUACAAAGACAACCAGGCAAGCACAAGCAUUUAUGUCUAUGUUCAAGAUUACAGAUCUCCAUUUGUGACUUCAGUGACUGAUCAGCUUGGUGUUAUAUACAUCACAAGGAACAAAACAGUGGUGAUACCAUGUCUUGGAACUGUAUCAAACCUCAAUGUAUCACUUUAUGCGAGGUAUCCAGAAAAGAUAUUCAUUCCUGAUGGUAAAUUGAUUUCAUGGGAUAAUAAAAAAGGCUUCACUAUUCCCAGUAACCUGAUCAGCUAUGCAGGCAUGGUCUUCUGUGAAGCUAAAAUAGAUGAUGAAAGCUAUCAGUCUGUGAUGUACAUAGUUGUGGUUGUAGGAUACAAAAUUUAUGACCUGACUAUGAACCCUCAUCGUCAAGUAGAGCUGGUAGCAGGGCAGAAACUAGUUCUAAACUGUACUGUAAGGACAGAACUGAAUGUGGGAAUUGACUUCAAAUGGGACUGUCCUUCUGGCCAGGGUAAACAUGUCACAAUCAGGGAUUUAAAAACACCAGCAGGGAAUGAACUGAAGAAGUUUGUAAGCACUCUUACAAUUGAGCACGUGACCUUAAGUGAUCGAGGCCAGUACACUUGCCUGGCAUCCAGUGGCCGUAUGACAAAGAAAAAUGGAACUUAUGUCAUUGUCCAUGAAAAACCUUUCAUCAGUCUGGAUAAAAUGGAGUCUAUGGUGGAGACAAAAUUAGGUGAGCAAGUCAAAAUUCCUGUGAAGUUUACAGGAUAUCCCCCACCAGAAGUAAAAUGGUAUAAAAAUGGAAAAGCCAUCAGCACAAAUCAUACGAUUAAACUUGGUUAUACAUUAACAAUUACUGAGGCAAGUGAAAAGGAUGUUGGGAAUUAUACUGUAGUACUCACAAAUCCCAUUAACAAGGAGCAAAUGAAACACACGUUUCAUUUGGCUGUGAAUGUUCCACCUCAGAUCGGGGAGAAUGCUUUGCUGGCACCUGUUGAUUCCUACAAGUACGGCAGUACUCAAGUGCUCACUUGCACAGUCUAUGCCAUUCCAGCGCCGGUCAGUAUUCGGUGGUACUGGCAGUUAGAGGAAGAGUGCACUUUCAGCCCUCAUCAAGCAGGUUUGGGAAAUAAUCCUUAUGCAUGUAAAAAAUGGAAGGACAUCUUGGACAGAAAGGGUGGAAAUCGGAUUGAAAUUGUUAAAAACCAGUUUGUUGCUAUUGCUGGGAAAAUGAAGACUGUAAGCACUCUUGUGAUUCAAGCAGCAAAUGUGUCAGCUUUGUACAGGUGCAUGGCUACUAACAAAGCUGGAGUGGGUGAAAGGGUAAUCUCCUUUCAUGUUAGCAGAGGUCUCGAAAUCAAUUUUCAACCUAGACACCAGCUCACAGAGAGGGAUAAUAUGUCCUUGCAGUGCACUGCAGACAAAUUCACUUUUGAAAAUUUAACCUGGUACAAACUCCGCACUCAUACUUCACGAACUCCUGCUGGAGGCUUACCAAUGCCAGUGUGCAAGAACCUGGAUGCUCUCCUGAAGCUGAAUACCACGGUUUCAAAGAGCAAUGGUGAAAAUGUGACCAUAGAGCUCAUCUUCCGUAACAUUUCUCUUCAAGAUAGAGGGGAUUAUGUUUGCAUAGCCCAGGACAAAAAGACCAAAACACGACACUGUCUUGUCAAGCACCUUACUGUUCAAGAGCCUAUGGCACCCACAUUGGUAGGGAAUCUUGAGAAUCAAACAACAAAUAUUGGUGAAACCAUAGAAGUCUCCUGCACGGCGAAUGGAAUUCCUCCUCCGAACAUCACUUGGUUCAAAAACAAUGAUUCCCUUGUUGGAGACUCUGGUAUUGUUCUGAAAGAUGGGAACAAAACUCUAACCAUCCGUCGAGUAAGGAAAGAAGAUGGAGGUCUCUACACCUGCCUUGCCUGCAAUGUCCUUGGAUGCAAGACGGCAGUAACUUAUUUUGCAGUAGAAGGCGCUGAAGAGAAAACAAAUCUGGAGCUCAUUAUCCUGGUUGGCACUGCAGUGAUUGCCAUGUUUUUCUGGUUGCUUCUUGUAAUCAUCCUCCGGACCGUUAAGCGGGCCAAUGAAGGGGAACUGAAGACUGGCUACUUGUCAAUCAUUAUGGAUCCUGAUGAAGUCCCUUUAGAUGAACACUGUGAACGCCUGCCCUAUGAUGCCAGCAAAUGGGAGUUUCCUAGAGACCGGUUAAAGCUAGGUAAACCUCUUGGACGUGGAGCAUUUGGGCAAGUCAUAGAAGCAAAUGCAUUUGGAAUUGACAAAACUGCUACCUGCAGGACUGUUGCAGUCAAAAUGCUUAAAGAGGGCGCUACACACAGUGAACACAGGGCACUUAUGUCAGAGCUCAAGAUCCUCAUUCAUAUUGGUCAUCAUCUCAAUGUUGUGAAUUUGCUUGGUGCCUGCACAAAACCAGGAGGCCCACUGAUGGUGAUUGUGGAAUACUGCAAAUUUGGAAAUUUGUCAGCUUAUUUAAAGAGCAAGAGAAGUGAAUUUAUUCCUUACAAGGCUAAAAGUGCCAGAUUUAGGCAGGGAAAAGAAAACUAUGUUGGUGACCUCUCAGCAAACUUGAAGUGCCGCCUCAAUAGCAUCGCAAGCAGCCAAAGCUCAGCCAGUUCAGGGUUUGUGGAGGAGAGAUCACUCAGUGAUGUGGAGGAAGAAGAAGCAACUUCUGAAGAUCUCUGCAAGAACUCUCUGACAUUGGAGGACCUUAUCUGUUAUAGUUUUCAGGUGGCCAGAGGGAUGGAGUUCUUGGCAUCACGCAAAUGCAUCCAUAGGGACCUGGCGGCUCGCAACAUCCUCUUAUCAGACAAUAACGUGGUCAAAAUCUGUGACUUUGGCUUGGCACGAGACAUUUACAAAGAUCCAGAUUAUGUCAGAAAAGGAGAUGCCAGACUACCCUUAAAAUGGAUGGCACCAGAAACCAUUUUUGACAGAGUGUAUACCAUUCAGAGUGAUGUAUGGUCCUUUGGGGUUCUGCUGUGGGAAAUAUUUUCAUUGGGAGCUUCACCUUAUCCUGGUGUGAAAAUUGAUGAAGAUUUUUGUAGAAGACUGAAAGAGGGAACAAGAAUGAGAGCACCAGAUUAUACAACCCCAGAAAUGUACCAGACAAUGCUGGACUGCUGGCAUGGUGAUCCUAAGCAAAGACCAACAUUUUCUGAGUUAGUGGAACACCUGGGAAACUUACUACAAGCAAAUGUUCACCGGGAUGGUAAAGACUACAUUGUCCUUCCUCUGUCAGUAUCACUGAACAUGGAAGAGGAUUCUGGACUCUCUUUGUCAACCUCACCUGUUUCCUGUAGGGAGGAAGAGGAAGUGUGUGAUCCUAAAUUCCAUUAUGACAGCACAGCAGGAACUAGUCAGUAUCGACAAGGUAGUAAAAGAAAAAGUCGACCUGUAAGCGUGAAAACCUUUGAAGAUGUCCCAUUAGUACCCACAGUACAAGUUAUUCAGGAGGACAAUCAGACCGACAGUGGUAUGGUUCUUGCAUCUGAAGAGCUAAAGACACUGGAAGGCAGAACUAAACAAACAGGCCCUGAAACGCUUCCCUUUAGUGCUCUGGUACCCAGUAAAAGUAACGAAUCUGUUAUGUCUGAAGCCUCCAACCCAACAAGUGGCUAUCAGUCAGGAUACCAUUCUGAUGACAUGGACCCUGCGGCUUACUCUAGUGAAGAAACGGAACUCUUGAGCACGAAGGAGGACACCUCACAAGUGUGCUGCCUACAGACACUUCCCUAUGACACUGGUGUUUCACUCAACUCGCCUCCCUAAAACAAAGUGAACAGCAGCAGAGAUUCCCAUGGAACGUUCCUUUAUUUCCCAAGCUAGUGGUGUUCAGGUUUUGUGUGUAGAACAUAUACAUUCACAAAAUUAACAAAAUACACAUUUAUCUGAAACUGCUUUCAUAAGAACGACACGAGGGUAUUGUAGUAAACUGCAGUGACAGGCCAGGAGAUGCAUCUUCAGAAGACGUUGGCAAAAAAGAACUAUCACUGUCAUGAGCAUGUGUUUUGUCUCUGAUUGCAAUAUGAGCCUUCUGGGCUUUAGGACCCAGAUGAAAAGUAUAUUGACACUGAGUGUCCUUCCAGUAGCAUCAAGAAUACAGGCAGUGGGACAGUGUUCACAAAGGCACUUUGUGUUUCCAGUUUUACAAAAUGAAGGGCCAGCCCUGCCUUUUUGUGUUCCCCUUGUGGCUGGGCUACAGGAAGGAAACAACACCACAGUGGGUUCUUGUCUCAGAAUUAUCCUUUACUCACCUCUGGUAAGGACGAGGGACCUUCAGAUUAAUGAUUGGCCUUUAUGGCUAAACAUAGCCCGGG